AUGACAUGUUGUUCUGGUGUCGUGGAGCCUUGGCGCGUCGAGAAUUGUCAGAAAGCGUUGGCAGAUUAUGGAUCUUAUGUUGGAGGUGGAACGCUGUUUUGGCUGACUUCGUCUGCUACACCGGACUUGUGCUUUCAAGAUGCUGCUUAUAGCUUCAAGGAGCUUGAAGACAUGAGCAACAAGUUGCAGCUGUGCCUUGUGAGCGUUUCAGUUGCCAGUGAGAUUGGUUCCCUCGGAAAGGCUGUGGGGGGCUGCGCCGCUUCUAAGGCGCAAGCAACCGUCUUUUCCCGCCAUGGUCCAGACCUUCGCCAAGACAACGCCGAACCAGUCAAUAUGUUUACCGCGCUGAGGGAUGAAAACCAGGCCGACGUAGCGGCGCUGUGGAGAGUGGCAAGGUCAGUGCACCUGGUGCACAUGUCUGUCCGUAUCAUUGACAGCAGUAACCAGGGGACGCUGCUGAGGGCAAGCCUGGAGUGCUCUGCUGAAGGCAGCCUGUAUACUGAAAGUUCAUUUCUGCUGUAUUCGCGAAAGUUGGUGAACUUCUUGAAUGCCACAUUAGGGAAGACUUCCCGCUCGUUGGAAAAAGAUUUGCUCUGGCUGCAGGGCAACUUUCCAGCUUUGAGAUACGGAGGCCAGCCCAUCAACCGGGCAAUGCUACACGCUGCCCAAUGUGUAGUUGGUGUUUUCCAAGAUGAUCCCGGAGCCACAGCUGCAGCAGCUGCGUUGGUUCGAUUAUCUUUACGGCGUGGCCCAGAUGUCUUAUCCCUACAGUACACAAAGAUGGCGCAGCUGGCGUCAGCUGUGCGGCGCUG